AUGCGUGGGUGGCUGGAGAGGUCCGAAAUCUUGGCGCUGAGCGUGGGUCUGGGGGGCAACAAUUCCCUGCCGAGCCACCAGCGCUCCUGGCUGGUGCGAGAGUUCGUGGCUCAGAACAACGUGUCUCAAAUCAAACACGUGAUCCAGAUCCUGUCGCAGGAGUUUGCGCUCUCCCAGCACCCCCACAGCCGGAAAGGGGGACUCAUUGGCCUGGCCGCUUGCUCCAUCGCCCUGGGCAAGGACUCUGGGCUCUACCUGAAGGAGCUGAUUGAGCCGGUGCUGACGUGUUUCAAUGACGCCGAUAGUCGGCUGCGGUACUACGCUUGCGAGGCUCUCUAUAACAUCGUCAAGGUGGCCAGGGGCUCCGUCCUCCCACACUUCAACGUGCUCUUCGAUGGCCUCAGCAAGCUGGCUGCUGAUCCUGACCCGAACGUCAAAAGCGGCUCUGAGCUCCUCGAUCGGCUUCUCAAGGACAUCGUGACAGAGAGCAACCAGUUUGACUUGGUAGGCUUCAUCCCACUGCUGCGCGAGAGGAUUUACUCCAACAACCAGUAUGCCCGCCAGUUCAUCAUAUCGUGGAUCCUGGUCUUAGAGUCUGUGCCUGACAUCAACCUCUUGGAUUACCUGCCAGAAAUCCUGGACGGGCUCUUCCAGAUCCUGGGAGACAACAGCAAAGAGAUACGGAAAAUGUGUGAGGUGGCUCUCGGGGAGUUCCUCAAGGAGAUCAAGAAGAACCCCUCCAGCGUCAAGUUUGCAGAAAUGGCCAAUAUCCUGGUGAUCCACUGCCAGGCGGCGGAUGACCUGAUCCAGUUGACGGCCAUGUGCUGGAUGAGGGAGUUCAUCCAGCUGGCUGGCCGGGUGAUGCUGCCUUACUCCUCAGGGCUCAUCACCGCUGUCCUGCCGUACAUCAAGGAGGUGGCAAACGUGUGCAACCAGAGCCUGAUGAAGCUGGUCAUCCCAGAGGAUGAUGAAAUGGAUGAGGCCAAGCAGUCAAUGACCCUACCGGCAGAGCCCACCUCGGAGGAGUCCAUCUCCAAGCCGGAGACAGCAUCCAGUGGCUCUCUGGAUGCAUCCGGUGACUCCAACUUCAGCAACAGCAGUGUCUUCACAGUAACCAGCUCCGAGAGGAUCCAGGUGACCCUGAACCUGGAUGGAAUAGUUCAGGUGCUGGACUGCCACCUUCAUGACACGUCCAUUGGGAUGAUGACCAGAAUUGCAGUCCUGAAAUGGCUCUACCACUUGUACAUCAAGACUCCUCGUAAGAUGUUCCGACACACCGACAGCCUCUUCCCCAUCUUGCUGCGGACCCUCUCAGACGAGUCGGAUGAGGUUAUCCUGAAGGACCUGGAAGUGCUGGCCGAGAUCGCUUCUUCCCCGGCGGGACAGACGGAGGGUCACGGUCCCUCCGACGGCUCCGAUGUGCGACCUGGCCCGGUGGAGCUUCACGUCCCGGCCAGGGCCGGCCAGCUGAGCUCUUCUGGUAUGAAAGCCUUGGAGUGCUCGCCCUCCACCCCCACCAUGAACUCCUACUUCUACAAGUUCAUGAUCAACCUGCUCAAGCGCUUCAGCAGCGAACGGAAACUCCUGGAGACCAGAGGAGCCUUCAUCAUCAGGCAGCUUUGUCUACUUCUGAACGCAGAAAACAUCUUCCACUCCAUGGCAGACAUACUGCUUCGGGAAGAGGACCUCAAGUUCGCCUCUACCAUGGUCCACACCCUGAACACCAUUCUGCUGACGUCCUCCGAGCUCUUCCAGCUGAGGAACCAACUGAAGGACCUGAAGACCCCGGAAAGCCGUAACCUCUUCUGCUGCCUGUACCGGUCCUGGUGUCACAACCCCGUGACAACCGUGUCCCUCUGCUUCCUUACCCAGAACUACAAGCAUGCCUACGACCUCAUCCAGAAAUUGUAUCCUUUGGGGGUUUUCUGCGAGGCCGAUCUCCGCCUGCAGCUGCUGGACGUGAAGAACAACCCCUACCUGAUCAAGGCUCUGUAUGGCCUGCUGAUGCUGCUGCCCCAGAGCAGCGCCUUCCAGCUCCUCUCCCACCGCCUGCAGUGCGUGCCCAACCCCGAGCUCAUGCAGACCGCGGACAGCACCAAACCGAGCGCCGGCUUCAAGAGGACGACG